AAAUUUUCAACUUCUCAAACUCAGAAUAAUCAGACUUUUAUUCUGAAGGCUGAUGUAACCUUUCACAUCUGAAACAAGCUUUUAUUUUGACGGCGUGGCCGGAAGCAGGCGUGUAAAUGGCAUUGGACAGCUCAUGUUGUCGUCAGUCAGGAGCGGCUCCUGUUGUUAUUGAACCAAGAUUUCGUUUUUCUUUCUGAGCUUUAAUGACUCGCCCCGUGGGAACACGUGACCUCCCGUGGGUAGUUCCCACUUUAAGCGGAUAUUUGGAUCUUGGUUCUGUUUUUAACUGGGAAGUGGUUCUCCAAUAAACAUGAGGACGUGUUAAGGUCUCUGCGAACCUUCGGGCCGUUUCAAUCCUCAGGAUGUGGUUGUGAAAUCAGCUGUCGGCUUCAGUUGCGAACUUUUUUCUGUUGACCGGAUCUCGUCGGAGUCGGAUCCCUGAAGAAUGAACGCAUUUCCUUUCAUCUUCCUGAUUCUUCUGCUCCAUUCAGCUGUCGCGUCCCUUCCGGAACCAGUCAACCUCAGGAUGGAGUCUCUGAACUUCCAGCAUGUCCUGCACUGGGAUCCGGGACCCGGCAGCCCUCCAGGGACGCAGUUCUGGAUCUAUCGGAGGGUUGGAGUUCGUAUUGUGCUGAAGAUGCUUUCUCAAGAACCAGUAAAUUCAACAUCCUUCAAGCUGAAACUGAAACCCCACAACAGGCACGAACUGGUUGUCGAGGCGUCCUACAACAACACAAAGUCUCCUCGCUCUACAAUCACCUUUCAGCCCAUCAAGGAAACUGUGAUUGGUCCUCCGCUGCUCUCGGUGGCCGGAUGUGGAACGUGCAUCCAGGGGAACAUUUCCAUGCCUGAUUUAGAUCCAUACACAAAGAAUCACUCGAUAUACUAUGAUUUCAGCUACACAGUGUGGUGGAGGAAAGGAAAUGGUGGAGAAAUCCAGAAGCUGGAAACUCAAAGUAGGAACUUUAACCUCAGCAACCUGGAGAAAGGUGUGGAGUACUGCAUACAGGUGCUUCCCAACUGCCGAACGAACAAAAACACGCAGCCGACCGGGUGGACAUGCACCUUCACCAGCAUUCCAGAACCAGAUUAUGGACUGUUGGUUUUAGUCGUUGUCACGGCCGUUUUGAUUGUUUCCUUGACUGGCCUGAUGACGGGAAUCUUCUGCCUCUACUACACCGGAUUCCUGUGCAAACUAAAGGAAAUGCCGGCAGCCCUCAUGGUCAUCUUGAGGCAAAGCUACGUCCUAACCCUGAGCACCACGGACAUCAACCGGGUCGCCAUCAUUCCCCAAACAGUAAAAACCAGAAACCGCCCAGCGACGUCUCCGUCUCCGUCUGCCGCCGGGGACGCCAGCUCUGAGGACGAAGACGGCGACGAGGACCCUGCAGUGAAGCUGUACAUGGACAGAAACGCAGAACUUUCUACCGGCAGCGGUUCUGCUGACAGCAGUGGGAACAAUGACGUGAUGAAGGGAGACUUCAUGAAGGUGGAGUCCAACCAGUAUGAGGCCAAAGUAGAAACUAUUUUUAUACAUGAAAUAGAUCAAUCUGGACAGGAGGACUCCACAACUCAGCUGGAGGAAAUCAAAAUAGAGACUCUGGAGUUCUCUGGAGACGUCAACCUGUUCUCCGUCACCCUCGCCUCGAUGGAUGCUUGCGAGGAAGACGAGGUAGAGGAGGAUCAGGACUCUGGAAGCUCUUCCAUGGACUUCCUGAGGACUUACACCCUGAAACCUCUGAGGCAGAUGGACUCUGAAAGGGAACGGGACGACGGGAUGCGUCCGUCAGAGUCGGGACAAGAUGGCAGCAGCACAGAGUGCUGGAUGGACGAGGAGAAGGAGGAGGAAGAAGAGGAGGAGGAGGAAGAAGAAGAGGAAGAGGAGGAGGAGGAAGGCUGCCCAGAUGUUCCAGAUGAGUUGAGCGCUCUGGCAGCUCCUCUGGUUCAUCCUCCUCAGCCUGCUGAUGAUGCCGCGGCGUCAUGCUGUACUGAUGAAGAUGAAGCUUACGAUGACUGCGACUACAUGUGCAGACAGGCGACGUGACGCGUCUCCGAUCCUGUCUGGAUCAGCUGGACUGACCCGGUUCUGGUCAGGAAUACCCUUCCACUCCACCUUCUUUAAAACAAAUCUACAGACAGAUUUGUUAUCAAAUUGGAUAUUCUUGUGUCAGUUGCUGCAUGUUGGCACUUCAGAUCAUUUAGUGUAAGACCUUCAACCUCCUCAAAUUUUUUAUUUUUUUUAGAUUAACGAAGCUAAACGAAUAGAAACAUAAACGCACCGUGCGGUGGGCGCCUAACGAGCCGCUCCUUGAUGAACCCGAACGCAGCCGAUGUUUUGCCUCAGGGCGACGAGUCGCUUGGAGCAUGUACAUGUGUGCUGCUCCAAGUCUCCAUGGUAACGGUUCAAACCGCUUUCUAGCCACGGUUAGCGGCUGGAGUCUGUUCAGCCUACAAACUUCAGAACCAGGGGUGGGCUUAAGAUGCUAUUUUCAUAACCAGGCCAGCUGAGAGAAAUAUUAAAAAAAUAUUAUUUAUAUAAUUAGGCUGCAAAUCAUAAAUGCUUUUGAUCAUAUUUUCACAUUUAUUGAUUCUGUCGUUGAACAAAUAGUGGGAAAAUUAGUAAAGGUAGCAAUCCUGAUAGUUUUAAACAUUAAUUGGAAUUUAUCACGACAACAAUAUAUCAAGAUUCUUGCCAUAAGAAAUUUAUCACGAUAAAUGAUAAACGAUACGAUAAACGCCGAUGGAUGCACUGGUUUCCAUUCCAGUUGCGAACCGCUCCUGUAGAAUUUGGUUCGAUGAAGCCCGCAGAACCACAUCAAACUGACCUUGGAGGUUCUGAACACAUUCUAGUAGAAUCCAACUGACGCUCUCUGUCCUGUCCUUUAGAGCAGUGGUCCCCAACCACCGGACCGGUCCGCGGACCAAUUGGUACCGGGCCGCGCAAGAAAUAAUGAACUACUUCCGGAUCUUUUAUUUUGAAAAUCCUAAACC